AAUGCGUUAUUCCAAAGUCGAUGUAACAUCAUGAUUAUAAAGCAUAGAUUGAACGGGCGCCUGUUGGUCUCCGUUACCUCCGUUACCCUCCGUUCUAGCGCUUCGACAUACUUACGGACAAUCUACAGCAGAUACAGAUACAACUCGUAUAGAAAUACCAGGAAGUAUCUCACCGUUCUCCUAUCAAUGAUGUUGGCUCCGUGCAUCAACGGCACGCAAGGGCACGCAUCAGUCGGAAUGGGUCCCGGCUGUUUUCAAAGGGGACCUCCUUCAAAUCUCUCUCUUUCGGCUUUUCAGGUUGGAAGCAAGGGGAUGCAAGCCGCAAGAUGCGUUUUUCUGAGAAAGGCAGCUUGAGGGAGAUAGAUAGAUACGGGCGCG